AUGGGUUCGAAGAAUUUUGCCCGGGGAGGCAACAGAGGUGGUGGAAGAGGUCGCCACGGCAAGAAGGGAGAUAUGGGCCGAACGGAAUGGGCAAAAACAAAAGGAGACAAACGGCAGCGUAACGACGACGAGCAGGCCUCAAAGAGACAGCGAGUCGACGAUGGCAAACCAGAGUUGCCGAUCUAUGCGACCAAGUUCAGCGACGAAGUCCUGGCUGCGGAAGAGAGAAGACCGAAGAAGAAGGUAGCAGUCCUUAUCGGUUAUGCAGGUACAGGCUAUAGGGGGAUGCAAUUUACUCAUGAUCACAAAACUAUCGAAGGCGACCUCUUCAAGGCAUUCGUCGCAGCGGGAGCUAUCUCGAAAGCCAACGCCGACGACCCCAAGAAAUCCUCUUUCGUGCGAUGCGCACGAACCGACAAGGGCGUCCAUGCCGCAGGGAAUGUCAUCUCUCUGAAAUUGAUCGUUGAAGACGAAGACAUUGUCAAGAAGAUCAAUGACAACCUUGUUCCUCAGAUACGAGUUUGGGGCUACGAAAGAACUAUUAACAGUUUCAGUGCAUAUCAGAUGGUCGACUCGCGAAUAUACGAGUAUCUCAUCCCUACGCACAGUUUUCUUCCCCCUCAUCCGAGCAGCUUCCUAGGGAGGGCACUCGAGGAGUGGGCCCAAAAGAAGGACGACGUAGAAAAUUACCGACAACGUCAGGAGGAAGUCGCUGGAUAUUGGGAAAAGGUCGAUAAAGAGAUUAUCGAGCCAAUACUUGCAGAGUACGAUGACGAUGUGAGGAGCAUUCUUCAAAAGGCGCUUUGGAUGAAGACUGGUGAUCCUGAUGACCCGACAAGCGACGAGCAAGUCCCAGCCGAUCUUGGAGAUAUCUAUCAUGAAAGCGAGGGUAAAGAUGGCCACCGAAUUGAGCUGGGGAGCUCUGCCGAGAAUGGGACAUUAUCCGAACAAAUACUCGAAGUUGGCGAUGCCAACAAGUCAAAAGGAGUGAGCGGACACUCCAAAACAGCGGACGAAGCGACUGCUAACGAGGCGAGUGAGAAAGCUGAGACUGCAGAUGGAGUGGAUGCCGCAAAAGCCACUGGCAAACCAUCACGGAGCGCCAUUCUGCAGGACGCCAUGAAGCGCCUUCGUCAAGCUUACAUCACAGCCAAAAGGGCCUAUCGAAUCCCCAAAGCACGUCUCGACCGGAUUCAAGAUGCGCUGAACUAUUACAAAGGCACUCGCAACUAUCACAAUUUCACAGUUCAGAAAACGUAUGAUGAUGCAUCAGCGAAGCGAGUCAUCAAAUCCUUCAUCGUAAAUCCCGAGCCAAUUCUGAUCAACGGCACCGAAUGGCUCAGUAUGAAAGUUCACGGGCAGAGUUUCAUGAUGCACCAGAUCCGCAAGAUGGUGGCGAUGGUUGCGCUGGUGGUGCGUUGUGGCUGUGACCCGAGUCGGAUAAACGACAGCUUGGGCCCAGAUAACAUCUCGAUCCCCAAGGCACCCAGUCUGGGUCUUUUGCUGGAAAGGCCUGUGUUCGAUUCCUACAACAGACGGGCCACGAGUGAAAUGUCCAAGGAAGCGAUCGACUUUGACAAGUACAAGACCGAGAUGGACGCGUUCAAGCAAAAACACAUCUAUGAGCGCAUGUACGAGGAUGAAGAGAAUAUGAACGUUUUCGGGAAUUUCUUCAACCAUGUCGACAAUUUCCCCAUUGAGACGUUCAUGUUCGUCACAUCUGGCGGAAUCGAGGCCACCAAGGUUCCUAUUCGACACGAUGAGAAGAUUGACAGAGAGGAGCAAGCGCUCGUGGAGACAGAUAUCGGAGAUGGAGAUAGUGACGUGGAUGAGAACGUCCGGGACAAUCAUGGUGAUGAAGGAUGA